AUGAAAAGGCAAAACCAAAGCUCUGUGGUUGAAUUCAUCCUCUUGGGCUUUUCUAAUUUUCCUGAACUCCAAGGGCAGCUCUUUGGGGUUUUCUUGGUUGAUUACCUGGUGACUCUGAUGGGAAAUGCCAUCAUUAUAGUCAUCAUCUCCCUGGAACAGAGCUUACACGUUCCCAUGUAUUUGUUUCUCCUGAACUUGUCCGUGGUGCAUGUGAGUUUCAGUGCAGUCAUUAUGCCUGAAAUGCUGGUGGUCCUCUCCAGUGAAAAAAGUAUGAUCACCUUUGCAGCCUGUUUUGCACAGAUGUAUUUCAUUCUUCUUUUUGGUGGGACCGAAUGUUUUCUCCUGGGGGCAAUGGCUUAUGACCAAUUUGCUGCAAUCUGCCGUCCUCUGAGCUACCCAAUGAUUAUGAACAAAAGGGUUUUCGUGAAAUUAGUUAUAUUCUCAUGGGUCUCAGGGAUCAUGGUGGCCACUGUGCAGACCUCAUGGGUUUUUAGUUUUCCCUUCUGUGGCCCCAAUGAAAUUAAUCAUCUCUUCUGUGAGACUCCCCCAGGGCUAGAGCUUGCAUGUGCAGACAUCUUUUUAUUUGAAAUCUAUGCAUUCACUGGCGCCAUUUUGAUUGUUAUGCUUCCUUUCUUGUUGAUACUCUUGUCUUACAUUCGAAUUCUCUUUGCCAUCCUGAAGAUGUCAUCAACCACUGGGAGGCAAAAGGCCUUUUCCACCUGUGCCUCCCAUCUCAUGUCUGUUACCCCCUUCUAUGGCACAGCCAGUAUGACUUACUUACAACCCAAAUCUGGCUACUCCCCAUAAACCAAGAAGCUGAUGUCCUUGUCUUACUCACUUCUUAUGCCUCUGCUGAAUCCACUGAUCUACAGUUUGAGAAACAGUGAGCUGAAAAGAGCUCUGAUGAAAUUAUGGCUAAGAAAAGUGGAUUUAUAUACAUUCUGA